CAAGGUGGUGGUGACCCAGUUCUGCCCUAGUUCUAUUCACCAGAAGCAGGGUGAACCAGACAAACGUCGGACCAAUGAAGGGAAGUCUUGGAGCCGAAAGAGCAGCGGAAUGCAAAGAAACCUGUUUGUGUUCAAGCCACAAUUUUAGAAACUUCUACUCAUCUUCAUGACAACAUGGUUUGCAGGUUUCCUUUAUCAAUCAGACCUGUCUCACUGCAAAGCCGGGGACCCCAGCAAGCUCUGUGUCUCCCGUGAGGACUUUGGAGACGGGACAAGAUUCUCUGCUGGGUUCGAGGACAGCUGUGGGUUGCAGACCUUCAAGAGACCUCUGCUCUCUGCGUAACACCGUUUGAUCCCUCUCAAAGUUUAACGGGAGCACACAUCAGUACAUCCUGCCUCGUCUGUCUGAUCUCUGGCAACCCACUGUAUACAGUCUCCCCGUCCAAGACAGAUCAUUCCAAUUGGGACGUUGCACAGGUUGGAGAUCCCUCCCUGAGAAGGAAAAUAAUAACAAUGCCAUGAUCCCGUCCCUCCCUCCUGUGACGUCUACAUUCAGCUGUUUUACUCUGCACUGGCCUGGAUUUCUGACUUACAAAUAAAAACAAACACUGUGUCAAAGCUGCAAGGACAGAAAGGAGAGACUCGAGCACUUUAAGGACAUAAAACACGCCUUUUUUUUUUUGGUUUAACAAGUGGCCUUUGCCUGCAACAAUGCAGGUGUCUUUUGCAUGCACGGACCAUGGGCUGAAAGCCCCUCGUAAUGGUGAGCACAGCAAGCAAAACGCCACCAGCCCCAACACAACCAGUCAUGCCCGGGCUCGCUUUCGCACCGUGGCUCUGAUCGCACGCAGCCUGGGCUCCUUCACCCACCGAUACCACCACAACCUGAAGGAGUCAACCGCCAAGCAGACUGGCAUGAAGUACAGGAACCUGGGAAAAUCUGGGCUGCGUGUCUCCUGUCUGGGGCUUGGAACAUGGGUAACAUUUGGCGGUCAGAUCUCAGACGAGGUUGCAGAGCAGCUGAUGACGAUUGCUUAUGAAAGUGGAGUUAACCUGUUCGACACGGCAGAGGUUUACUCCACAGGGAAAGCUGAAAUCCUUCUGGGAAACAUCAUCAGGAAGAAGUGUUGGAGGAGAUCCAGUCUGGUGAUCACCACAAAGCUCUAUUGGGGGGGAAAAGCAGAGACAGAGAGAGGCCUCAACAGAAAACACAUCAUAGAAGGACUGAAGAGUUCCCUUCAGAGGAUGCAACUCGAGUAUGUGGAUGUGGUUUUUGCCAAUCGAACAGACAGCAACACUCCCAUGGAAGAGAUAGUGAGAGCAAUGACGCAUGUGAUCAAUCAGGGGAUGGCCAUGUACUGGGGAACGUCUCGCUGGUCUGCCAUGGAGAUCAUGGAAGCAUAUUCAGUGGCCCGACAGUUUAAUCUGAUUCCACCUGUGUGCGAGCAGGCUGAGUAUAAUUUCUUCCAGAGGGAGAAAGUGGAAACUCAGCUUCCAGAGCUCUAUCACAAAAUAGGUGUGGGUGUUGUCUCUUGGUCCCCUUUGGCCUGUGGAAUUAUCACUGGAAAGUAUGAAAACGGCAUCCCAGAGUCCUCCAGAGCUGCAAUGAAGCCAUACCAGUGGUUAAGGGAGAAGAUAAUGAGUGAAGAUGGGAGGAAACAGCAGGCAAAGCUAAAAGAACUGACUCACAUUGCAGAGAAGCUUGGGUGUACUUUACCCCAGCUUGCCAUAGCUUGGUGUCUGAGGAACGAGGGGGUAAGUUCGGUGCUCAUCGGUUCCUCCAAUCCGGUCCAACUAACAGAAAACUUGGGAGCCAUUCAGGUAAUUCCAAAGAUUACAACAGGCAUUGCCUCUGAAGUGGAUCAUUUACUGGGCAACCGUCCACACAGUAAAAAGGACUUCCACCAUUAGAGAAAGAUCCAAGCAAGCUAUGCUAAAAAAAAGCAACGAGAAUCGCUUUUCACAGCCAUUGUCGCAUCCAGUCUUGUGUGAAAAAGAUUCAUCCUCUCUCAAUUCCAUUGUUUUUGAGUCCUUGAACGUCAUUUAAAUUAUGCAUAAAUAUUUUCCUAUGUUCAAGUAUUAAUAAACAUCAUCAAACUGAAACAAAAUUGAAACUAAUUUGUUUGACAUAAAGUUAGAUUAAACACAAAAUAAGUGUAAAAUCAAAGACAUCUUUUCUUCUUGCUUUGUAAGAAACUGGGUAAGUAUCACCCAGAUACUGUUAAUGGAAUUCAAAUGAAUGUAAUCAUCACCAUCUAGUAGUCAUGAGAUAAAAUGUUUUUAUGAUCAUGGAAGAAAACAUUUUAGAGUUUGUUGGACUAAAAUACAGAAGUUUGCAGAUCAAAUGCCAAACAAAAAUCAACAGAGCUCUUUAAAAACAGCAAUUUCAAAAACUGAUAGAAAACUAAUGAGUAUUUACUUUCAAUAAGUGUUUCAAAAGUAGAAGUUUACUUUGUUUCCAUUCACUGUUUGGUUAAAUUUUUUCAGCCAGUUGUACAUGUCGUCCUAUACUGACUUUUUUCCAUCACUUGGUAAGUUCCAGCAGUUUUUAAAUAAUGUCAUCAAAAGUCUCACAAUUGACAGUGGAUGCUCCUUUUUCACAUGAGUGUAUUGCUUGCACAGGGUUGCUUGGAUGAUUUAUGACUGUGUAAAUGUGAAUGCAAAAUAUGCUCUGCUUGGCCCUCAUGGUACAUUAUUGCAAAAAGACAAAGCAUGCAAAGCAACAGCUAAAGCAGCCAGCCACAUGAGUAAAUACAAUCUUCAAAGUUGUUACCUUGAGGUAAAACUUCUUCCACUCCAAAAAAUUGUGCAAGAAGGUGCAGAAUCACAAACACGCUGCAGCAAGUUACUGUGUUAUUAGGACAUUUAAAAAAAAAUGAUGGAAACUGUGCAUAAAAAGGAAACUUCUUGAGGAAUUUCUAAUCUUGAAGCACCUCCUUAGUUUAUGGCAGGGUUUGACCACAGCAAAACUGUUAGGUGUCCGAGUUAUCAUAGCAUAACAAAAAUCUGUGUUAUUUUAUUUUUAAACUGUGUGCAAAAAACUGAGAAAAUAUUAAGAUGAUAUGUUUAUAUUUUGAGCCAGGUGCAUUAAAGAUAUAGUGUCACUCUGAAUGAUAAUUUCAGUUCGGAAUGAAGUAAAAACUGUUCACAAUGAUGUUGCUCAUCGCAUCUUUAACAUGAACUGACUGUUUUAUGAUUCUACCUGUUAAUAAUUAUUUUUAAUUAUUACUUAUGCAAAAACUAAAUUUAAUUUUAUGGUGUGCACCUUCAACUCUUUUCUGUCGAACUGUUCCAGAGUUUGAGUCAUUAAAGAUAAAUAUCUGGUUGGUUGGUUUCAUUUCAGUCAUUGUUGUGGAUAGAACAUUUGUCUUCUUGAAUUUAGGUAGGUGAUUUUCCCCAAGGGAGAACUUGUGACUAAAAAUAUUGCCUUGUGGAUGAUAAAGAAACUCUCUGGUAAGAGAAAAAAGAACCCUAUGGACCCUACAAAUAGCACCUGGAACAAACAGAUGGUGUAUUUAUGUAACAUUAUCUCAGCUGUUUUCUUUUAUUUCAUUGUAUUGCUCAUUAAAUUUGUACAUGAAAAAAACAGCCUAGUUUAAUGUAUGUGUUUUACAUAUAUAUUUAUUUAUUUUAUUUUUUGUUAAUGUAAUGGAUGCCUUGUUUUUUCUAAUGGAGUAAUAAAUAAAAUAAAAUCAUUAUGGACUAAA